AUGGGUAGAAAGUUUGAUAAAAAAAAUGCUACAACGUAUAACGUUGUCCAUAGAGCUCACGACGAUGCACGAUUCUUUGACGAUGACGCUUCGCUGAACGUGUUGGUGCCCACGAAUCAAGGCAAAUCCACCAGUGGAAACAACAAAAGAAUCUUUACGACUCAUGAUCUUGAGGAAUCGCUCAAGGAUAAAGUUCGAGAGAAUGAAGGAAUGGCGGCACAAUAUGGUAUCACUUAUGAUGAUUCCAAAUAUGAUUAUAUGCAGCAUUUGAAACCAUUGGGAAACUCCGAUGGUGUCUUUAUUGCUAGAAAGCAGCAGAGAGAAGAGGCCGAAAGGAAACAAAAGAUGAAAUUGGAGGAUCUCUUGAGGGACCAAUUACCUUCGGAGCAAAAGAGAAAAGUGUUGCGUGAUUUAAAUCAAAGUAUUCCAGAUGAGUUGAAAGGCUUUCAACCAGAUAUGGAUCCCAGAUUGAGAGAGGUGUUGGAGGCAUUGGAAGAUGAAGCAUAUAUCGAAGAGGUUGUCCAUAAAGGUGGAGAAAAUGGUGAAGACGAAGAAGAUUAUGAGGAUGAUGUUUUUGCUGAUUUGUUAAAGAGUGGAGAAGUUGAAGAUGAAGAUGAAUUUUAUGAAGAUUAUUAUGAUGGUGAAGAUGGAGAUUAUGACGAGUGGGAUCUUGAUAACUAUGCAGACCAGUAUGAUGCAAAGUAUGAUGAAACCCCUGAAGAGUUGGUGGGAAAAGAAGAAGUAAACACAAAUUGGCAGCGAGAUUUCAUGAAAUUCAAAAAAGAGGAUAAAAAUCGACAGCACGAUUGGGAUUCAGAUGAUGAUUUCGACGAAGAGGAUGACGAGGAAGAUCAAGAGUCAGCACAAGCACAAUCACAAGCACAUUUGAAUGGAGAGGUUGUCGAUGAUGAUAAUGAUGAUGAUGACCAGCUUGGUGAUUUGCCCGAUGUACGAAGUAAGAAAUCGAAGACCAAGUUGCGUAAGAAGAAAGGUGCCAUGACCGAUACCAGUUCAUUUUCGAUGUCGUCUUCAGCAUUGUUUAGAACAGAAGGGUUGUCAUUGCUCGAUGAUAGGUAUGAGCAGUUGAACAAAAAGUAUGUGGGCAGUGCCAGUGAAGCUCGCGCUCCGCAACAAGUUAAACCAUUUGAUAUGAAAGAAGAGAGAACCGAUUUGGAAGGUUUGCUUGACGAUUUCUUGGAUAAUUAUGAGUUAGAAAGUGGUGGAAGAAAAUUGGCCAAGAAGGAUGAGGAGAAGAAGAAAUUGCAAGAGGCGGCAAAUUCUGUAUCUAGAGGAAAGAAAGCCAAAUCCUUGAACAAAGCUUUUGGGCGAAUGACAUUAGAAUAG